GUGGAGAAAAGGCGACCCCGCGUCCGGAUUGACUUCUAAAGACUCAUGUUGGGUGAAGAAGAAGCCCAGAAGAGGAGGAAGAGGAAAGAAAACCAGUCAGGAAUGGCUUUGACUCAGGGACAUUUGACAUUCAGGGAUGUGGCCAUAGAAUUCUCUCAGGAAGAGUGGAAAUGCCUGGACCCUGCUCAGAGGGCUUUAUACCGGGCCGUGAUGUUGGAGACCUACAGGAACCUGGUCUCCCUGGGAGUCUCUCUUUCUGACCUGAGUGUUAUCUCCAUGUUGGAACAAGGGAAAGAGCCCUGGACUGUGGAGAGUGAAGUGCAAACAAGAAACCCAGAUGGGGGGGAAUGGACCAAAGGUGUGAACUCGGGGAGAAGCUGUACAUUGGGAGGUGAUGCAGAAAACAAUCCUAUUAACAAUGGAUGUGGAUUAAGCUUUCAGCUAUAUCUGCCAGAAAUGCAGCUAUUUCAAGCUGAAGGGAAAACUCAUGAAUGUAAUCAAGUUGAAACGUAUAUCAACCAUAUUUCCUCAUUUUCACCACUUCAAAACAUUCCUUCUGUCAAAACCCACAUUUUUAGUAAAUAUAGGAUUGAUUUUGUUGAUUCUCCAUUACUCACACUAGAACAGAAAGCAUACGUUAGGGAAAAACCUUACAGAUGUAAUGAGUGUGGCAAAGCCUUUAGUGUAUCUUCAAGCCUUACUAACCAUCAAGUGAUCCAUAAUGGUGAGAAACCUCCCAAAUGUAAAGAAUGUGGCAAGGUCUUCAGGCACAAUUCAAACCUUGUACGACAUCGGCGAAUUCAUACGGGAGAGAAACCUUACAAAUGUAAUGAAUGUGGCAAAGUCUUCAGAUACAAUUCACAUCUUGCAGAACAUCAGAGAAUUCAUACGGGAGAGAAACCUUACAAGUGUAAUGAAUGUGGAAAGGCCUUCAAUCGAGUGUCACUCCUUGCACAACAUCAGAUAAUUCACACCGGAGAGAAACCUUACAAAUGUAAUGAAUGUGGCAAGGUCUUCAAUCGAGUUUCACUCCUUGCACAACAUCGGAGAAUUCAUACCGGAGAGAAACCUUACAAAUGUAACGAAUGUGGCAAGGUCUUCAAUCAAGUUUCAAGUCUUGCUCGUCAUCGAACAAUUCAUACUGGAGAGAAACCUUACAAAUGUAAUGAAUGUGAAAAGGCCUUCAGCCACAAUUCAAAACUUGCAGAACAUUGGAGAAUUCAUACUGGAGAGAAACCUUACAAAUGUAAUGAAUGUGGCAAGGUUUUCAGUCGAGAUUCACGUCUUACUCGACAUCGGAGAAUUCAUACUGGAGAGAAACCUUACAAAUGUAGUGAAUGUGGCAAAGUUUUCAAUCAAAUUUCACACCUUGCUCGACAUCGGAGAAUUCACACUGGAGAGAAACCUUAUAAAUGUGAUGAAUGUGGAAAGGCCUUCAGUCACAAUUCAAAUCUUGCAGAACACUGGAAAAUUCAUACUGGAGAGAAAUCUUUCAAAUCUAAUGAUUGUGGCAAAAUCUUCAAUCAAGUUUCACACCUUGCACAACAUUGGACUGUUCAUACUUGA